UGCCAUCCACAAGUGGACUUAGGUUGACCCUGAUAGCGCCAGUUAUGUUACACACUUGUGUACUGCUUCACAUACAAGCGAGUUACUAGCCUUGCCAUAUAAAUAGGCCCCAGAACUCCACCCAAGCUCAUUUCGUGCCAUCAUUACCAUGCUGUGCAUUGUAUUGUUGGGGGUGGUGGGGGUGGUGACAGCAUCGCCCAUCAUCCCAGAGGCAGCUCGGGCCCUCUACUACAACCAUGGAAUGUUUGAAGGAGACAUUAAGCUUCGUGCUGGACAGCAACCUGCGAGAGUUGGUUCAGCCAUCUUGGGAGAUCAAUAUCUCUGGCCAGGUGGUGUCAUACCUUACACCUUUGCAGGUGUUAGCAGUGCAGAUCAAAGUGCAAUCCUAGGUGGUAUGCAAGAACUGGAGGAGAAAACAUGCAUCCGCUUUGUGCCUAGAACCUCAGAGUCAGACUACAUUGAAAUUUUCACCAGUGGUUCAGGAUGUUGGUCAUAUGUGGGACGACUAGGUGGUCUGCAGCAGGUGUCACUUCAAGCCAAUGGUUGCAUUUACCAUGGCACCAUCAUCCACGAGCUCAUGCAUGCCAUUGGCUUCUAUCAUGAGCACACCCGUAUGGACCGAGACAACUACGUCUACAUUAACUAUGAAAACGUCGAGCCUGCAUAUACGUAUGCCUUCGACAUUGACACGUACUCGCGCUAUGUGGGUGAAGACUACCAGUACUACAGCAUAAUGCACUAUGGCAAGUAUUCCUUCUCCAUACAGUGGGGAGUCCUUGAGACCAUUGUUGCUCUGCAAGAUGGUAUUGACCUCACCGACCCUUAUGAUAAAGCUCACAUGUUGCAAACUGAUGCAAACCAGAUCAACAAUCUAUACACAAGUGAGUGCAGCCUAAGGCAGUAGACAUUAUAAGGCUAACCUCUACGUACAUCAUGAGCUGAAGCCAUCUUUAAUAUAACCAUUUAUUUAAAGAAUCAAAGAAAUCAUUGAA